UCCCACUCAGUCGAGUUCGGUCGUUCGUUGUGUUCAUGUUACGCAUUAUUUAUCAGUUUAUUUAUAAAUCUACGUUGUGUUUGGUUUAUACAGAUCGUCUUUAUCGCUUAACAGUGGUUUUCUUUUGUUUUGAGACUGUGUCGUAACUGGAUAGUGCUUGUGGAUUUUUUACAGUUCAGUUAUAAAAUAUAGCUAGGAAAUAAGGGUAUUUUCGGCAAGCAUGACGCGAGGAAGUUGUGUACCUAAAGGACCUUAUAGGGCACAAUAUUUCGAGGGUUUGUGGUGCGAUAAAACUCGAUGAUAUUAGGACUAUUAAAAUAAAACUAACGUAGUGAUACGGAGACUAUUUUGCUGAUGAUAAUCGAAAUUCAGUGGGACGAUGUCUUUUUUAAAAUUUUCAGAAGGUUUUUUUGGCUCACCCAUAAGGGAAUCGCAGUCUGCUAACAAUUUAGUUCGAAGUCCCUCUAGCCCUUUUUGUACCAGUCCAAGUCAGCUACAAGAAGUCACUUUGGAUCAGGAUGGCUCGUUCUCAAAUACGAUGCGAUCGCCAACGGGACCGAUGCGCGGCCGCACUGUCAAAGAAUUCGAGGAACAACUCACCACCCUCAAAAAGGAGAAUUUCAACUUAAAACUGAGGAUCUAUUUUCUGGAGGAAAAAAUGGGAACUAACUUCACCUUGGACAAGGAUAAUAUCGUUAAGAAAAAUAUCGAACUACAAGUUGAAAUAGCAAAUUUACAAAAGGACGUUAAAGAAAAACACGAUUUAUUUUCUCAAGCGGUCAAAGCGCUCGAGUUAGAAGAAGAGGAAUAUAGAAAAUACAAGCAGAGGAAAGAAGACCAACUAGUUAUGCUACAACAAGAAGUAGAAGAGCUUAGAUUGCAAAUGGAGGUCAACGCUUGCAAAAGGGAUAGUGAUCAAGUAAUAAAUUCGUAUGAUAGGAGCGAAAUGCUUCAUUUCCAAAUCGAUACCCUUCAUAAAGAGUGCGAAUCUAAAGAUGCAUCUUUGGCGACAUUGAAUCGAGAACUUUCUGUUGCAAACCAACGGCUUGUAGAGUUUGCUUGUCAAGCUAAAGAAUACGAAGAAAAAAUCGAACGUUCUCGUCUCAAGCAGGAAUCCUUGGAAGUUAAAGUUCAAGAACAGCAAAAAACUAUGGAACGCCUUUACGCUCAAUUAGAGGUUUCCAAUCAGCGAUUUGUCAAUGCAAAGGCGGACCUGGAAGAAGAGAAAAAGGAACGGGAACACGACAAAAAAAUAUUAGAGCGAAACCAAAUGGCUUUAACCCUCCGCUUGGAUUCGUUACACGUCGAGAAUAAGAGGCACAAAGACACGAUCCGUGAUAUGCAGAUGAGACUGGAAGCGGCCGUCUCCGAGGCGAACAAAAAUCAGAAUUUAGCGGUGGACCAGGACUGUGUUUCCACCCCCCAACAAUCAACUGACGCUCAUUUUCUUUCAGUUUCGGACGCAGCAGCACCUAAUGGAAUUGCGCAAACGGACGCACCACAUGUACCGGUAGGCGAGGCGGAAAGUCGCUCUCCGGCGCCUUCCACGCCCGACGGGCGUGCUCUCGCCACAUUCGAGCGACUAUUGGCUGAGGGGGGUGGCGACGCUGCGCUGCUCGCCCGAUUCGGUGCCGUAAAAGCCGAAUUUACCACCCAAAAACAGAAGAUCGUCAAAUUGAAAAGUGAGCAACUGAAAGCCUGCGAAAUCAUAAAGAGCAUGAUAGAAAUUAGGAAUAGGAGCAACGAAGAAAUCGCGCGGCUGAAGCAAAACAAAGAAGAGUUGGAACGGGAAUUGGAAGGCGUGGUGUCUAAGCCAACCAACGAGGGAGUGGCCCGAUUAGAGAUGGUCGAGGAUAUGGAGAUCUCCACACCACCGUGCGAGUCCUACAUUAGCGAUAUACCCAGAUUUUCCAGUGAUGACCUCACCACAAAGAAGACUAGGAUAUCAACGGUCCAAUUGGAGGAUAUGGAGAUCAUGGAGCAAUACAAAAUAUUGACUAAAGAAUUAGAAGCAAAGAUCGAGGUCUUAGUAGAGACCCUGAAAGAGAAGGAUUCUCAAAUGCAAGCAAUUCGCACUCAGUACGACGAAAUUUUGACUACUUUGGAAGAAAAAGAGAACCGGAUAGUUGAUUUGGAAUUUGAGCUUUUAUCCAAUCAGAACUCAGGAAAAAUAGACAAAUCUCUCUUAGAAAAAGGCGACACGGGUUCCGAGAAACAUAGCAGCUUUUACAAACAAGAACUCGAGGAAAAAAAUCAAGAAAUCGAAAGACUCAAUAUUGAGCUGAAAAAAUGUACGUGUUAUUUACAAGAAAUUGUUAACAAAGAACUUUGGGAGAAAAACAGAGAAAUAGAAAAACUCCAUAGAAAACAAGUUUCCGUACCCGAGGUUGUACAGUUAAAAAAGGAAUUGUCGGGAAAAGAUUUACAAUUAAAAAUGUUAAAAGAAAAAAUAUUUGAGUUGGGACUGGACAUUGAGCUUCCAAAUAAUUUGGAGGAAGUAAUGUCUCCAAAAAGGAAAACCGAACAUAUUGAAUCAUUGCAGAUGCAACUGAGAAACGCCAAAGAGGAAAAGGCUUAUAUGGAGAACCGUCUACGGGAAUCAGAAGCCUUAGAAGAUGUAAUUGAAAAAUUAAAAGUAGAAAAUUUCUCGAUACGAGAAGACUUAGAGAGAUGCGAAAGACUUAGAAACGAAACAAAUGAGGUGUGUUCGAUUUUGGGAACUCGGCUCGAAGAACUGGCAAUUUUCCUGGAUUCUCUGCUUAAACAUAAGUCCGUUCUCGGUUACUUAGGCAUUGCAAAGAACAAAAGACUAAGGGAAAUUAUCAGCAGUAGUCUGGAUAUGUCCAGAUCUUUUUCGAUGAGCUUAAUAGGAAAUCCCGAACACAGUUUAGCUCAGCUUUCAAACAUAACGGCAUUUCUUAACGGUUCCGUUUUUCAAGAACUCAGUUUGGCCGAAGAGGAGGCAGAAACCCAUCUGACUAUCGUACCUGAGAAUAUCUCUCUUACUUAUGAGAGUAAUUUGUGGAAAAAAACGAGCUCCCGACAAGAAGAACCGGAUAGCGAACGUGUUAUUUCAACUCUGCGCGAACAAGUUUUUAAUUUGAAACAAGAAUUACGGCUUCGCGACACCGAAUUGAAUAGGUACAACAGCAAGAAAAAUACCGAAACUGAGGAUGAUAACGAAAAGAUAAAGUUAACGCCUUUGAAAGAAAGAGAUAUCCAGAGUGAAAGUGAAGCUUGGAGCGAACCUGAUCGAACUGUAUCCAGGGCUAGGAUUGGCCUUAGUCAUUCUUUACCUAUCGCUGCUAAAAUAUCCACCGAAUCGACAGAGGAAGAUGAUUUCUAUCUAGAGAAUAUUACACCUACUAAAAAGAGAAGUUCUGUGGCAGAGUUAACAAAAGAUAUUUAUCGAUUGGAGAAGGAAUUGGAGCAAAAAACAGACGAGGCUGCAGAGAAUCAGAAGUUAUUUAAACAAAACAUACAUGAACUUGUUGCAGAAUUACAGCAAACAAAGGAGCAACUGUCACAAGCACAGAAUGAGAAAGAUGGGGCUCAACAGAAAAUAGACAAUUUACAAAAGAUGGUAGAUGAUUUGUCUAAAUAUAAAGCUCAUUGCGAAGCCAAUAUAAUAAGUAAAGACAAAGAGUCACAUGACCAAAUUAAUCGGCUAGAAAUAGAGAAGGAGACUCUGUUGACAAGAGUGCAAGAAUCAGAACGUCAACUCGUUGAUGCUAAAAACGAAAUUUUGGUCGCACAAGGGAAACUAGAAAGUAUUCAAGAAAAUUUAGAAUAUCAAGAAGCAACAAUAAAGCAGCACUAUGAAAGCGAUUUUGUUUUAAAACUAAAGCAAACUGAAGAAGUAUAUAGUAAACAAAUCAAAAGUUUGGAACAAAAAUGCGAAGCAGAAGUGAAAAUAUCGCAAGAGAAUUUAAGGUUAGUGAAAGAGGAAUAUUCAAGAGACUAUAUAAAGAAAUGCGAUGUAGAGAAAAAAUUAGCGGAAGUUGAAAAAUUACUCAAAGAAUUAGGGGAUUUGAAAACUACUGUAGAGUCGUACGAAGAAACUAUUAAAUCUUACAAAGAAAAGGAGAAAGAAGUCAGAGGUGUCGUUCAGGAAUACCAAGAUAAAUUGUCGUGUUUGAAAACAGAUCUAGAAAAAACAAGGUUGCAGUAUUCGGAAACCGUACUGGAAAAAAAUAAGCUUUAUGAGGAAAAUCAAACUUUGUCAAAAGAAAUAGAAUUAAUCAGUAAGAAGGAGGAAACUUUGAGUGCCAAUCUUAAUCAAAUAAAAAAUAAUCUCGAAGAGGUGUCGCACAAAUAUGAUCAACAGGUGUCAACAUUGCAUAGACAGAAGACUGGCUUGGAAUUGAAAAUAAGUGAACUGGAGAGUGCCAAUGCUGAAUUACAUAACAGGUUAGUAAAGAUUCAAACGUGUCGAACGGGACGUCCCCCAUGUCGAGGCUUUCAACGACAGUAUUCAGACGAUGAUGAAGGCCGCAACGUUAGACUAAACGAGCAUCCUAAUGAAGAAGUUGAACGAGCGGUAGCGAAUUCUUCUCCUGAUUUAGGCAUUGAAAGCGAUCACGGAAGAUUCUCCAGUUUGGAAACGAAUGCCAACAACUUGCCCAGACCAUUACUUCAAACAAUCGAAUUAACGGAAUCCAUGAAUAAUCUUUUUGAGGAACAUCAAGAUGAAUUACACGCUCAAGGACAAACACACUGUUGCCAGAAAUCACGCCAUGUUGAGCAGGAAAACAACGACCUAAAACAGAAGUUGCUACGAAUGAAACGGGCGCUGGAAGAGACGGCUGCUCAACUCAAUUUAGCCAACCAGAGAAAAAAGCAGGUGGAGAAAACCAUUUGUAAACAGAUACAUAAAACCAGUCAAGUGCUCAGGAAGGCCAAAGCGAAUUUGGAUUCGGGUUCGGAAAGUGACGUGUUGCGCACGUGAGACUGUUUUUUUUAUCAAGUCUGUCUAUUUUUGUAUAUAUUAUUUUUAAACUUGUAUAUGCCAUUAAAUUUUAGGUUUCAAAACUGUAACAUUUUAUACAUAAUGUAUAAUAAUUAUAAAUAGCAAUAGUAGUUUUUUUUGAAUGACAGAGUGUAAUGAAUGAAACUUUAAAAACUUCUCAGGAAAUUAAGGUAUUUUUGUUAUUGUAAUGACGUUCUAUGUGCCAAUUGUUAUGAGAGUUUGGAACGGAAUGAGUUAUAUUAGUAAGGGUGGCUGCAACGACGUCCCGUAAUCCCGCCGUUAACAAUUGGUUUUUAUAUAUAAAAACCAGCUGUUAUGUUUUAACAGCAGGAUUACGGGAUGUCGUUGCAUCCACAAUAAGUAGUUUUAAUUGUCCUCUCUGGGUUGAAUGUGACCUUUAUGAAUCGGAAAUAUAAUUUUGACUCUUAUAUACGUUUGUAAUUUAUUUGAUUAUUUUUUAAAUUCUUACACUUAUUUUUUAUGUGCGGAGUAUUAAAAAUUUGUUUUACGAAUAUAUUAAAAUACAGUAUUUUGUGAUAAGAUGUACAUAUUUUUGAAGAAAGUUUGUAUAUGUUGA